AUGCGACACUACCGCUGGGCUCUACUCGCCAUACCCCUCGCUCCCACUCUGAUCCUCUCGGCUCCGCGCGCCCACGCCGUUAUGGCUUCCGCCUCCGGUCCGUCACCGUCAACGUCAGCGGUUGCUGAUCCGUCAAAGUUCGGCUACCGGUCGACGGCGGAAGAUGUGACGGCGGGCGUCGAUUUGAGCGGCAAAGUGGCAAUCGUAAUGGUCUCUUCCCCGCGCCAUUGUGAAAAAGCGUGCGGCAGCAGCGGCAUCGGCACGGAGACGGCGCGGGUGCUGGCGCUGCGAGGCGCGUCCGUGGUGCUCGCGGUGCGGAACACGGAGGCGGGGGAGGCCGCCAAAGCCGCCAUCAUCAAGGACAUCGAGGGGCGGAGCGCAGCGGCGGCGGGGGUUCCGGCGGCGGUGCGCGAGCGCGUGAGCGUGAUGCCGCUGGAUUUGGCGUCGCUCAAGUCGGUGCGCGCGUUCGCCGCGGAUUACUUGCGCCCUAACCGCCCGCUGCACCUGCUCAUGUACGCGCGGAGAUGGAAGGGGUGCGGGGGGGAGGGGAGGGGGCGAGGGAGGGGGAGGGGGUGA